GGAGGAAGCGGAAUCAAAACAAGCGAAAUCCAUUUAGAAGAAUUCUUCCACCUGCGUGUGUGUAUGUGUAUCUAUGUGCUUUUCUAGGGAUCAAGUUUCCUCUCAAUUGAGGUUGCUUUUCGUUUUGGCGAUUUGAAUAGCAUACGAUAUUUGAAAAAUUGGGUGGAAUUCUCGGGAAAUUAGUGAUUUUGGAGUAGUAUUUAUUCGAUUUAUCAUUUUUUUGUUGUUGUAAAUCGUCGGAUUUUCGUUUGGUUGCCCCUUUUUUUUUCUUCUUCGAUGGAGCAAAGAGAGGGACAAGAUUUCCCUCCAAAAAAGCCGCCGCCGCCGCCACAGACGGAAGCGACGGCGGGAGGAGCUGAUUUCCCAGCUAGGAAGCUGGUGAGGCAGUUGGAUUUCACUGGCGGCGGCGCGUCGACGAUGGACCAGCCUCCUCCGCCGCAUUCAGUGAAGCCGCCGCCGCAGAUGCUGUUCAUGACUAUGCAACAGCCACCUCCGCCGCCGCCCUCUCAUCCUUCCGUUCGCCCUUCUCCGAAACCUGAAUCACCAAGAUCCCGGCCUGCGCAAAGUGCAAAUGAAAUAAAAGAUGGUACCCCAAAGAAGCAAAAGCAGUGUAAUUGCAAACAUUCUCGGUGUUUGAAGUUGUAUUGUGAAUGUUUUGCUUCUGGAGUCUAUUGUGAUGGUUGCAAUUGUGUGAACUGUCACAACAAUGUCGAAAACGAUGCUGCUAGACGAGAAGCUGUUGAAGCUACUUUGGAGCGCAAUCCAACUGCUUUUAGGCCAAAAAUUGCUAGCAGUCCUCAUGGAGCUAGGGAUAACAGGGAGGAGGCUGGUGAAAUUGUUUCAGGAAAGCAUAAUAAGGGAUGCCACUGCAAGAAAUCCGGAUGUCUUAAGAAGUACUGUGAAUGCUUCCAAGCAAAUAUUCUUUGUUCUGAAAAUUGUAAAUGCAUGGACUGCAAAAAUUUUGAAGGAAGCGAAGAGAGGCAAGCUCUUUUCCACGGUGAUCAUGUUAAUAACAUCGCCUUUAUCCAGCAGGCAGCGAAUGCUGCCAUCACCGGCGCUAUUGGAUCAUCUGGUUAUGGGUCUCCCCCACUGACGAAAAAGCGGAAAGGUCAGGAUCUUUACUUUGGAGCGGCCGUAAAAGAUCCAGUUCACAGGCUUGGACAGUUACCGCAGCAGGCUAACCAUACCAAGGCUUCUGUACCUUCAAAUCUAUCAUCCUCAGUUCCUGUUGAUCAUCCAGUUAGUACACCAGCCUUGGGCUCUUUGAAGUUAACGUAUAGGUCUCUAUUAGCUGACAUCAUCCAGCCCCAGGACUUAAAGGAACUAUGCUCUGUGCUCGCGGUAUAUUCUAGAGAAGCUGCAAAGAUGCUUGCAGAGGAAAGAAAUGUUGCUGAAAAGCAAGCCAACGAUUCCCAGAAAAGUUCGACCUCAGUGGCUUCGACCAUCCAAGAUGAGUCUCGAAGCCAGAAGCAUUCCGAAUCUCAAAAGGCUCAGGCUGAUCAUCUUCCUUCAUCUGAAAACCAGUCCGAUAAAGCUGCACCCGAGGAAUCUUGUUCAGACGGAGCUGAUGUAUCAAAAGGACGGCCAAUGUCUCCCAGCACUUUAGCUCUAAUGUGUGACGAACAAGACACAGUGUUCACCUCUGCUCGUUCCCCUAACAGGUUACAUGCUCAAAACAACGCAUCUCCCCAGCUGCCACUCGAGCACAGGACGACUGAAGUAUACGAGGAGCAGGAAAGAAUUAUCCUAACAAAGUUCAGAGAUUGUCUUAAUAGGCUGAUCACUUUAGGAGAAAUAAAAGAAACCACGUAUUCUUCGUUGGCACGAGCAGAAUCAGACGUAGAAAGGGGUUUAUCGAGCAAUGGCGCUGCAAAUCCAAGAAGCGAGAGUAGGAAUCAACAUCAGCACACAGACAUUGGUGCUGCGAAAAUCAGUGCUCCUCAACGGGUUUCUGCUGCUCUCAAGAACGCUCCUUUCGUGCGAAUAAGCAGAGCUGCAGAGAAUGGUGAUGUAAGAACAGAAUCUGAAAGAGGGUUGUAAAAUAUGCGUAGGAUUUAGACAUGUAACAGAUCUAUGCUGCUGCAGCAUCCAUGUAUUUCCAAGCCAAAAAGAUUCGGCUUUUCUUCGAUGCUGCACCCAUUGUUAGGAGAUGAUUCAGUUGUAAUGCCAAAUUUUAACUUAUUAUUCAUAAAAAUUACAAUUAACUUUUUUUGUAUUCUUCAAUGUUUUGGAAAGUUUAUGAUAGAACUCUUUUUAUACUGUGAA